AUGGCCGAGAGCUAGCAAGGAAAACUCAGGACCAUGAUGGCUCAGUUUCCCACAGCUAUGAAUGGAGGACCAAACAUGUGGGCUAUUACCUCUGAAGAACGUACUAAGCAUGACAGGCAGUUUGAUAACCUCAAACCUUCAGGAGGUUACAUAACAGGUGAUCAAGCACGUAAUUUUUUCCUACAAUCAGGUCUACCGGCCCCCGUUUUAGCUGAAAUAUGGGCUUUAUCAGACCUAAACAAGGAUGGGAAGAUGGAUCAGCAGGAGUUCUCCAUAGCUAUGAAACUCAUCAAACUGAAGCUUCAAGGCCAACAAUUGCCUGUGGUUCUCCCUCCCAUUAUGAAGCAACCCCCUAUGUUUUCUCCAUUAAUUUCUGCUCGUUUUGGAAUGGGAAGCAUGCCCAAUCUGUCCAUUCCUCAGCCAUUGCCUCCAGCUGCACCUAUAACAUCAUUGUCCUCUGCGACUUCAGGGACCAACCUUCCUCCCUUAAUGAUGCCCGCUCCCCUAGUGCCUUCUGUUAGCACAUCAUCAUUACCAAAUGGAACCGCCAGUCUCAUUCAGCCUUUAUCCAUUCCUUACUCUUCUUCAACAUUGCCUCAUGGGUCAUCUUACAGUCUGAUGAUGGGAGGAUUUGGAGGUGCUAGUAUACAGAAAGCGCAGUCUCUGAUUGAUUUAGGAUCUAGUAGCUCAACUUCCUCGACUGCUUCACUCUCAGGGAACUCACCCAAGACUGGGACCUCAGAGUGGGCAGUUCCUCAGCCUUCAAGAUUAAAAUAUCGGCAAAAAUUUAAUAGUCUUGACAAAAGCAUGAGUGGAUAUCUCUCAGGUUUUCAAGCUAGAAAUGCCCUUCUUCAGUCAAAUCUUUCUCAAACUCAGCUAGCUACUAUUUGGACUCUGGCUGACAUUGAUGGUGAUGGACAGCUAAAAGCAGAAGAGUUUAUUCUUGCAAUGCACCUUACUGACAUGGCCAAAGCUGGACAGCCAUUACCACUGACUUUACCUCCUGAGCUUGUUCCUCCAUCUUUCAGAGGAGGAAAGCAAAUUGAUUCCAUUAAUGGAACUCUGCCUUCCUAUCAGAAAAUACAAGAAGAGGAACCUCAGAAGAAAUUACCAGUUACUUUUGAGGACAAACGGAAAGCCAACUAUGAGCGAGGGAACAUGGAGCUGGAGAAGCGACGCCAAGCCUUGAUGGAGCAGCAACAGAGGGAGGCAGAACGUAAAGCCCAGAAAGAAAAGGAGGAGUGGGAACGAAAACAGAGAGAAUUACAAGAACAAGAAUGGAAGAAACAAGUUGAAUUAGAAAAACGCUUGGAGAAGCAACGGGAAUUGGAGAGACAACGAGAGGAAGAAAGGAGAAAAGAGAUAGAAAGACGAGAGGCAGCAAAACAGGAACUUGAACGACAACGUCGCUUAGAAUGGGAGAGAAUUCGGCGACAGGAGCUUCUCAAUCAAAAGAACAGAGAACAAGAAGAAAUUGUCAGGUUAAACUCUAAAAAGAAGAGUCUUCAUCUUGAGUUGGAAGCACUGAAUGGCAAACAUCAGCAGAUCUCAGGCAGACUUCAGGAUGUCCGACUCAAAAAGCAAACUCAAAAGACCGAGCUGGAAGUUCUGGAUAAGCAGUGUGACUUGGAAAUUAUGGAAAUCAAGCAACUUCAACAGGAACUUCAGGAGUAUCAGAAUAAGCUUAUCUAUCUGGUACCUGAGAAGCAAUUAUUAAAUGAAAGAAUUAAAAACAUGCAGUUCAGUAACACACCUGAUUCAAGGGUCAGUUUACUUCAUAAAAAAUCAUUAGAAAAGCAAGAAUUAUGCCAAAGACUUAAAGAACAAUUAGAUGCUCUUGAAAAAGAAACUGCAUCUAAGCUAUCAGAAAUGGAUUCUUAUAACGAUCAACUAAAGGAACUGAGAGAAACCUACAACACACAGCAGUUAGCCCUUGAACAACUUUAUAAGAUCAAACGUGACAAGUUGAAGGAAAUUGAAAGAAAAAGAUUAGAACUAAUACAGAAAAAAAAACUAGAAGAUGAGGCUGCAAGGAAAGCAAAGCAAGGAAAAGAAAACUUAUGGAAAGAAAAUCUUAGAAGGGAGGAAGAAGAAAAACAAAAGCGACUCCAGGAAGAAAAAUCACAAGAAAAAAUUCAAGAAGAGGAACGGAAAGCUGAGGAGAAACAACGUGAGACAGCUAGUGUUUUGGUGAAUUAUAGAGCAUUAUACCCCUUUGAAGCAAGGAACCAUGAUGAGAUGAGUUUUAAUUCUGGGGAUAUAAUUCAGGUUGAUGAAAAAACCAUAGGAGAACCUGGUUGGCUUUACGGUAGUUUUCAAGGAAAUUUUGGCUGGUUUCCAUGCAAUUAUGUAGAAAAAAUGCCGUCAAGUGAAAAUGAAAAAGCUGUAUCUCCAAAGAAGGCCUUACUUCCUCCUACAGUUUCUUUAUCUGCUACCUCAACUUCCUCUGAACCACCUUCUUCAAAUCAACCAGCAUCAGUGACUGAUUAUCAAAAUGUAUCUUUUUCAAACCUAACUGUAAAUACAUCAUGGCAGAAAAAAUCAGCCUUCACUCGAACUGUGUCCCCUGGAUCUGUGUCACCUAUUCAUGGACAGGGACAAGUAGUAGAAAACCUAAAAGCACAGGCCCUUUGUUCCUGGACUGCAAAGAAAGAUAACCACUUGAACUUCUCAAAACAUGACAUUAUUACUGUCUUGGAGCAGCAAGAAAAUUGGUGGUUUGGGGAGGUGCAUGGAGGAAGAGGAUGGUUUCCAAAAUCUUAUGUCAAGAUUAUUCCUGGGAGUGAAGUAAAACGGGAAGAACCAGAAGCUUUGUAUGCAGCUAUAAAUAAGAAACCUACCUCGGCAGCCUAUUCAGUUGGAGAAGAAUAUAUUGCACUUUAUCCAUAUUCAAGUGUGGAACCUGGAGAUUUGACUUUCACAGAAGGUGAAGAAAUAUUGGUGACCCAGAAAGAUGGAGAGUGGUGGACAGGAAGUAUUGGAGAUAGAAGUGGAAUUUUUCCAUCAAACUAUGUCAAACCAAAGGAUCAAGAGAGUUUUGGGAGUGCUAGCAAGUCUGGAGCAUCAAAUAAAAAACCUGAGAUUGCUCAGGUAACUUCAGCAUAUGUUGCUUCUGGUUCUGAACAACUUAGCCUUGCACCAGGACAGUUAAUAUUAAUUCUAAAGAAAAAUACAAGUGGGUGGUGGCAAGGAGAGUUACAGGCCAGAGGAAAAAAGCGACAGAAAGGAUGGUUUCCUGCCAGUCAUGUUAAACUUUUGGGUCCAAGUAGUGAAAGAGCCACACCUGCCUUUCAUCCUGUAUGUCAGGUGAUUGCUAUGUAUGACUAUGCAGCGAAUAAUGAAGAUGAGCUCAGUUUCUCCAAGGGACAACUCAUUAAUGUUAUGAACAAAGAUGAUCCUGAUUGGUGGCAAGGAGAGAUCAAUGGGGUGACUGGUCUCUUUCCUUCAAACUACGUUAAGAUGACAACAGACUCAGAUCCAAGUCAACAGUGACCCAAUGUUGUCUUCCAGUUGUGAAAGCACCCCAGAGACCCACUAUCCAAGUUUCACUCUAGCGUGGAGGCAGGGCAGGCAGCCCUGCUCAGAUAUCUCCUACACAAUUCAUUUACUUCGUUUGAAUGUUAGAGCCACUUGUGAUUAUUUUUUUGUGUUUCUAACUUAUAGUUUAAAUUUAUUUGUAAAAAGUUAAAGGAUAGUGGGUCUUUGUGUGGCUUUCCCUGCUGUUCACUCUGGCAUCUUUAGCAUUUUUCUUCUUUUUUAAUUUGAUAAUUGUAGGUCAUUAGCAUGCAUAUUGAGUUUGCCCUUAUGUGGUGGGAGUUCAAACACACAAAGACCCACUAUUUGCACAAACUGUUCUUACUGGUUUGUAAUAGGCUGCCAUGCUUUUUUAAUGUUAUUGCAACAUGUGUAUUCAUUUACAGAAUUCAGAUAAAAUUUGCUUAUGUUCUGCUAUUAUGUUUAAUCUAAUCCUAAUCACAGUGAGCUCUUAAUUCGCUCAAUAUGUGGUUUGCCCUCAAGUGCACACUGUUUAUUACUUUGUAAUAUGCCACUAUGAGUACUGACAUUUAGAUUUGUUUAAAGGCCAAGAACUGGAAACAGCCAUGCCCUGUUUUCUGUGUGUUCGGGAUGGGUAUAACAACAUUUUGGGGAAACUUUUUAAAUCUCAGAGAAGAGGAAAGUGGCCUGCUCUGGCAGGCAUGUGCAGAAUAGAGUGUUUCAUUUGUUUCAGUCCCAAGAAUGAGCCUUGUCCUAUGGUAGUUCCCUUAGAAUCUUUAUGUGCUCUGGGCUAAUGAAGAUACUGCAUCAUGUGCUGCAGCAUUUGUAUUCUUUUUCAAUGACCUAAAAAGGGAUUAUUUUUGAGGAAUGAAAGGCUCCCAUCGUUGACUGUGAGAUGUGAAAAACCUUUCCUAGCUUAGAGCAUUUAUAUCUACAGUCAUUUUAAAGUCAGAGUUCAUUGUUACCUGUUUUCAUCAGGUGACUACAUAUCCCAGUAUACAAAAGGGCACUGGUCGACAUUCUUCUUCAUGUAUUUAGUAAAGAGCAUAAGAAAUCCUUUAAGAGUUUAAAUGUCCCGGAAACAGACAUGCAGGCUCUAGUCCAGAAUGAGCGUGAAGGAAAGCCGUGUGACACCUGGCGUUCCUCUGUGUUCAUGGAGCUUCUUUGAGGCUCGAAGAUUGAUUUUACCACUCAGACUUCUCUGGCUAAUACCUGUUCUUCAACCACAUUGGCUACUUUGACAUAGAAAUUUACUUCUUUUCCUUGAAUGGAAAACACUUUAAAAAAUAAUAACAAACAUUAUUAUAAACUAAUAUGUGUGAGAGUACUUAGUUGGAACAAAAGUUUUAGUAGACAGUAUUAUACUAUAUUUGAAAACCAAGGAGAAGUUUUUACAACUUAAAAUGUUUACAAACUGCAGUGCAAUCUACUGUUUGUGAAUGUCAGAGUAUCAGGAAAAAUGUAUAUACAAUCACAGAACCAUAUUUCCUCACAAAGUUAUUUACAAAGAGCGAAAUAUGUUUUUAUACCUCUCAGUUUCAGUUAGAGGCAUAUUUUGUGCAAUAUUUAUGUUAAUGUGCCUAUACAUUAUGAAUGAAUUAUUUCAGUCAUACAUUGCCUAAAUCAUAACUUUAUGAUGCUUGGGAAAGAAUCAACAGUUAAAACUUCAUAAAGUUCUAAUGUCUGUGUUUCAAAAUACAUCACAUUAUUAGGCUGUAGGGAGAUACGUAUGUGUGCUCCCUAGGGUGGCAAUUUCUAGUUACUAGACCACUUCUAUUUUUAGCAUUUGGCAUCACAUGAUACUUUUAUAAAUAUGACAUUAAUAGGAAAGCAAUAAUAUCAUUUUACAGAUGGAAUAGCAGAUUUGCCUGCAUUCACUGAAAGAGUGCAAAGAUUUGGUCCUUGUGAAUUCAGCUGACUCUUUCAAAUUGUAUUAAUUACCUGUUCUUGCCUUUUAUUUUCUGAACUUGCUGCUUUUGCAUUCUUUGGAGUUCAAAGACAGUUACUUCAAAUCCAUUUUUAAACCCUCGGGGUAGAAAUCAUACCACUGUUAAUUAGCCACAUUAUUUUGGUCUAACAUUUUUUCUUUAUAAUUCUGAAACUGAGUUUAUCUAAUAGAUUGAUGAAUUAUUUCAAAGAUAUUUUUAUAGUGCAAAUGACUUCACUUUUACACUGAUAAAUAUAAAUUACUAGGAAUGACCUUCAGAUAGCAUUUGGCAUCUGUAACCAAUCUGAAAAUAAUGUGUUCAUCAGGCACCUGUGGAUUAAAUCAUAUACUGGCAUAUUUAAGCUGAAUGUCAGUCCGGAAAAUAAAUUUACUCUAUUAACUGAAAUACCACUCUUUGUGUAGGUAUUUUGUCAUAUAUUUAAGAAAAAGCUAAAAAAAAUGGAAAUCGUAUGACAUUUUGUCAUAUAUUUAAGAAAAAGCUAAAAAGAAUGGAAAUCGUAUGACAUAAUAACUAAGUCUUUCUUAAAAGUGCAUGCAGUCUUUUGCAAUACCUCAUUCAGCCAAGUAUUUGUUCUCUUCCUCAUUCGGUAUAAGGCAGCUUUCAAUUUUCUUAGAAGGCAACAUUAGAAGGUUAGAGUUCAUCAGAAACAUAGAAUUUUAAAAUGUGAAUUCAACUGAAUGAAUUUCUAUAGGAAGUAAAGAAUCAAAAUACCAGAUUGCAAUAUAUAAUAAUCACUUUUAAAUUAUUUGAUUAAACCUUUUAGGUUUUCCAGAAAUAAAAAGAAUCAGUUCUAAAACCAAAGCUGAUUUUUAGAAAAUUUGAAAAUGUAAAUCAGCCCUAUCCAUAAUAUAGUUUAUCUAAAACUUUAUCUUAGAGUAAUUUUAAAAUAAUAUAACUAUUAAAAAUGUAACUGAUACAUAAAUGUUUUGAAAUAAAACAUUUUAAAAUAUAAAUACUGUAGUUGAAAAGAAAGAAACUGGGGGAAGGAAAAGUAGAGAAAGAAAUGCCAAUUCCAGUCCAAAGCUUUAUUUGCCAAGUUUUCUUAGAGUGACUUUUACCAAUUUAUGAAUUCUUGUAAACAGAAUCUAUAAUGGAAAUACUGAAAGACUUGCCUAAAGUGGCAUUAUUGAAUGCUGCUGUGAUGCUACUGUAAUGUAAUAAAUUAUUAAAUUGUUGCAAAGUGCUGUUUUUGCCUUAAAAUUUUAUUUUGUGUGUCUUGAAAACUAUAAAAGGUAUUGAGAUUGUGCAAAUGCUGGGCACGCUUGGCAUGAGAUAAUCUGUUUUUAUUUUUACAAAAUUGUAAUAUAACUAUGCAAGUGUGUUUAUUAAAAGAACACAAACUA